CUCGUGGCAGCAUUUCUCGACAGCAGUCAUCUGCAUACAGUCUUAUUCCGACACCAUCAGCGAUCUUUGUUCGCCUUUAAAGGGUGGCUACCAACGUCAGCUUAUAGGGUGCUUGGCUUCGAACGCGAGAUCUGUAAAUCGACGAUAUUUCUCAAGACCUUUGAACACGAGGCAAAGUCAUUCAUCGAUAUGUCGGGUGAGAAAACCCAACCGGUUACUCCGCGAUACCAUGGUCAAUCAUCAGGUAUGAGACCUAACGUCCCUAUGGUCGAGGCCCUACAUUCUCCUGGAUGGUCUCCACCCACGUCCCGGCCAAUCCCUGUCUUUCACGAACGACACGGCCCAAUGUUCCCUUCCCCUGGUUUCUCGCCGCCUUAUCAACCAUACAUGCCCCACCCGGCACGACAUGAGUACCGUCGUUACCCUAAUCCAGCUUACGUACCCGGUGCACCUCUCGUACCCUGGCCUCCCCGAUCGGAACCACACCAUCAUCAGCCGAAUCCAUAUGCCUUCUCAGGACCUCGUCAGAUCGCUUUCCAAUCGCCACCGGAAGACGCACCGCCCCAGUAUCAUCAAACCUCUCGUCCCAACCUGAAUCGUUCCCCAACUCCCGUAUCCUUCAUCCCCAAUGACAGUAAACCAGACUCGACCUGGCCCGAUCUCCUCGAGGCGAACAAGACUCCGACAAAAGCUAGCGUACAACGAACUCGUGCAGCGACGACUCAGGUAGAGCGGCCAGUCCACAAGCUACCGGGCCCGGUAUACAGGAAUGAUUCGAUCAUCAGGAAAGAGGCCGUUGCCAAGCUCAUCGCUAGUCGAAGUGGAAGCGAACGCUCCGACAGUCCCGAAUCGGAGAGCUGGAGACCAGGAUUACCUUUUCGUCCAACUUCGACGUUGAAACUUGCUGCCCAGAUGACGUUGAUGCCUAGCCCGAUGGAGAAGCCUUCCGACGAUGAUAGACGAGUAGACGCUGUCAGUCUAGGAUCACCCAUCUCUCGUACCAACAGCGUGUCUUUCGGUAUCGAGGGCUGUUCACUAGCUUCGAUCAAGUCGUUCGGGGAUGGCGUAUGGGGGAACGACGAUCUUCCCAUGCUCAAAGCCAGGUUAAAGAGCGUCGAUGUCGUCACUCAAGAGUCGCUCCUCCAGAAGAACGACAGACUUCGACAAGCGACAGCUCCGGCGGAUCUAGGCUUCUCGGAUGAUUUACCCUAUACCCCUCUUAUGGACAAUCCGAACCUCUUUCGAUCUCCCUCGGUAGAGUUUGAUACACCGGGUUCGGACAUCUUACUCACGCCUUACCAGAAUACGGACAAGACGAACAAACAUAGAAACACUCUCGAUAUCGAUGUGGAAGCGGGGGAAGACUGGCAAGGCAGGCCAAACCAAAGCCGAAGCACUCUGCAAAUCGAUUUAAAUCAUGAAGAAGAUUGGAAAGACGUAGCUAGAGAAGAGAUCAGAGCCUCGAUCCGGCAGACAAUACUCUCCGAGCUGGACGCAUUGGAAGAAAUCGGCAAUGCCGAUGGCGAUGAAGAAACAAAGGGUCAACGUGAAACGACGAAAUCGACCGAAACGCGUCCCGUGAUUCGCGUCCUAAACAGGCUUCUCCGGACGUUUGAAGGAACGGAUGUCGAACACGAAACCUCCGAGUCGGAAUCGUCUACCCUAUCGAGUCCUACUUCUAGCUCGGAUCGUACUUCACAGCGCCAUCCCGAUCCCACAUCCUCCCCGACUCCAGAGCACCUCAAUCCAACCUGCAAUAUGCCGAUCAUGACUGAAGAACACCACGAGGGCAAAGCGCAGGAGAAACAAGAUUUGAUUCACAGCACCACCACAUUCGCGUCCAUCUUGCUGGACGGCGAUUCUACCCUAUUUCAUCCCGACCUCAUUCAAAGGGGAGCCAAGGGCGGUCAAGAGGCUGCAUACGCCUUGUCCACCAGAGUUUACCACCUAUGCUUGGAUCGAGCUACUUCCGUGCCGAAUUGCUUCACAGUGCAGAUCUUUUUCAAGUUGAUCGAGACCGGAGUCAUCAAGUCGAGAAAGACCUUGUCCGAGUUUGUUACAGGAUUCACUGAUAGCCACGGACUCUUUACGUUCAUCAUGGUCAGCACGAGGCAGCAGGCGGCUGCUAAGAUCAAAGAGCACCUGAGGCUCUAUGCGAACCUGAAAGUCUGUUCUCUCAUACUCUUGGCCUCUAAUCAAGCCAAGGAAUACGAAGACUUGCUGGUCGAUUUCAACGCUGUCGGUCAAGGAGAGAAAAUUCACGUAGCACGAUCGGCUCCUAUAGGGUCACUAGAUCCGCUGGACAAUGUUAUGGGAACCAGGCUUGAAACGAUUCCGGGACUAUUCAAGAUUUCCAUCCCUACAGAUGCAGCCGGGGAAACGGACGAAAUCGCUCAAAGCGAAGCUCCGGAUGACGACGAGAGCGAAGCUUCCGACGUGGGCAGUCUCGACUUCACUAGAGCCCCCUCUGGUCUCAUCGGGGAACAGACAUUGCCUAUGGUACCAGCUUCCUUGGCGAGCGAGGAUCAGGACGACUUCGUCCCGGUCCUCUCCCGAAAGUCAAAGAAGCUUCCUCUUGGCAAUGCCGGCAAGUUCAGCUUCACAGGAUCUACGAUGAGCGCCAAGUUUGCAAAGACCGUCAGCAUUAGCGAGGCCAAGAGGCGAAAGAAGCUCCGUGGCCCUUCCUCCGGCUUUCAGCCUUCUCUAGGACUCGAGUACGACCACGAGGAUUACCUCAGUGUCAAACGGUAUAACCCGCGACCCUGCCACCGCUUCUACCUUACUAGCGGCUGCAAGAACGGCGCAAAGUGCCAUUACGGACACGAUUACGAUUUGACUAAAGGGGAAAUCAACGCGCUCAAGUCCUUGUCAAAAGAGAUGCUCUGUCCGGCUUAUGCGAUCGGUACCUGCAAAGGUACCAGCGAGACGUGCAUCUAUGGUCACGAAUGCCCUCGAAGCUCCGGAAGCGAAUGUUGGUUCACUCCUGUCCAAGGUCUUCACGGCAAGAAGGCUCGCAACUAGAAUCCUGCCGCUCCACAGUUGGCGUCUCGCGAUAAGGCAUGGUGCGGCCCAAGUCGAUGUAUCUAUGAAGUACGAUUUGCAAUCACCGUAUCGUCCA